AACUUUGGGAUGUUAAUGAUUUUUUUGCCUGCACUAUAAAUUUUACCUCUCAGCAUUUGCUUUAAGCUGAACAAGUGGUCAAUGCUGGAAUUCUCACAGCAUCAAGACAGAGGUUUUGGGAUGUCAGCCUACUUUUGGUUUGAAGGAAUACCUUUCGCUGCUAUAGCGCAUAAAAGAGAAAUUAUUGAAGGAAGCCGUGAUAAGUUUGUGAUCAGAGAUGAAGACACGGUCAUAGUGAGUUAUCCUAAAUCAGGAACUAACUGGCUGACUGAGACUGUCUGCUUGAUUCAGACCAAGGGAAAUCCCAAAUGGAUCCAAUCUGUGCCUUUCUGGGAACGCUCGCCCUGGAUAGAGUUUCAAGACGGAUAUCUAACAUUAAUCAAUAAGGAAGGACCACGCCUCAUGACUUCCCACCUCCCUUUCCAUCUUUUCCCCAAGUCUUUCUUCAGAUCCAAGGCCAAGGUGAUCUAUAUCAUCAGAAAUCCCAGAGAUGCUCUUGUGUCUGCUUAUUUUUUCUUUCGUAACACAAAACUUAUCGAUAAUCCAGAGUCACUAGGAACUUACUUUGAAUGGUUUCUCAAAGGAAAUGGUAUGGCUGGGGACUGGAAGAAUCACUUUACAGUAGCUCAAGCUGAAACCUUUGAUAAAGUAUUCCAGGAGAAAAUGGCUGGUUUUCCUCCAGGGCUGUUUCCAUGGAAAUAA